AUGUCGUCCUCCCUCCGACGCGUUCCUUCUCCUGCCCGAAUAAUAAGAAGAUACGCAUCUUCUGCAAACUCGAACCCUAAAAAGUCUUCUUUUCUAACGCCAGAAAAAAAGCGGGCCCUCAUCUCGUUGUACCAUCAAUCCGAUACCUUCAUAACGCCUGAAAACCUCUCCGACCGAAUCGACCAAGCCUUCCUCAAACGGAGUGUCGUUAGAACCCAAUUGAAUAGAUAUGACAUGGAAGGGUUGAUUAAAGACCAACGGGUUGCACCAAAGUUCAGCGAAUGGGCCCGCGAUAGACGAGGUUCGGUUGGUGUGGGGGGAGAAUGGAGUGGAAGCACGACACCGAGAGAAUGGAGGGUUAUUGAAGCUCUCUAUGGGGUAGAUGCGAGUGAUACUAGUCAUGCUAUGCCUGGACAGGAAGCAUUGGAAGACUUUUCAGAGUCAGAGGAUAGUCUGGAGAUUGACAAGGAAGAAAGAUUGAGGAAUGGGUCGUCAGAUUUGAACUCACCACGAAAUGCCAGAAUUUAA